GUGAGUUUGGGAGCCGCGGACACCGGGUGGCAAAGCGCACGGCCGGGGACGGAAGGGACGAGGAAGCCCUUGCCAAGGAGCCGCCGGAGUCACCCGUCUCGAGUCGCGCCCAGCGUGGGCAUGCAGGCGACAACCCCGCGGGUCGGGUUGCCCCUAAGGACCCCGCCGAGCGCUCACUCGCGUCCGGCCCAGGGCGGGAGAGAGCGCGGAGCCGCGAGCGAACCCGGCACCGUGAGCAGCAAAGGCAGCUACGACUUCAGGCGGGUGGCGAUCCGGCGGAAGUCCAACCCCUCCUACAUGCUGACUGGGACCCCCAGGCCCUGGAGUAGGCCCUCGUCGCACCUGCACCUGGGACGGGCCGGAACGGGCACCUUCAGGGUCCAGUCAUCCGCGGACGCCCCAGGCAGCAGUACCUGUCCAAAGAUCACCGUAGUUCCACUCUCUGUGAAAAGCAGCACAACCACACUGAUUGAUCAGCAUGUAUCUGAUGAAGAGGCUCAGGGAAUAAAUGGAAAAACGCCAGCAAAACACUCAGCUGCAAAUCCAAAGCCACAAGUGCCUCCAAAGCCAUUACACCUGCAGAAUCCACCUCUGUCCAAUAUACACCAGGCCCACAGGCAGAAAGCUUUGUCUAGUGCAGCACCCAGGAUGGAGGAAGUUAAGCCUGCCUCUGCUUCCUGUGUCUCAAAAGAAAAAUCCAAUAAGAUAUCAGAUCUCAUCAGUCGCUUUGAAGGAGGCAGCACAUUAUCAAGUUAUGGCGAUUUGAAGAAAAAUUCUGCUAUGAACCUAAAUGCUCCUCGAACCCCAGGAAAGCAUGGAUUGACAACCACACCUCAGCAAAAACUCUUCUCCCAGCACCCACCACAGAAGCAGGGAAAUGAUCCAGAUCCAACUCAGGGUGUACAAACUUGUGUGGCUAACGGUGCGAUGGAGGCACAAAACCGGAUAGAAUGCGAGGAGGAUAAAGCGGCCGCUGUUGUCCCAGAUACUCCUACUCAAACUUCUGAACCCUUGCUCGGUGUGAACUUAGUGAAUGGAGAAGGAGACGAGAGUACCAGGGACCCUGCCUCACCCACAACAAAUGACUGUGAUGCAGAUGCCUCUGACAGCGGCUGCAGGACUCCGAGUGCAGCUCCAGUCCGGCCCCUGGAAGAAGGAGGGGCAGACACAGAAGCCAAGGCACAGGAGAGGGAAGGUGGAGAAAGCCCUCUGGAACUGGAACAGCUGGAUCAGCACCACGAGAUGAAGGAGACAAAUGAGCAAAAACUUCACAACAUAGCCAAUGAACUUUUGCUUACGGAAAGAGCUUACGUCAACCGACUUGACCUCUUAGAUCAGGUAUUUUAUUGCAAACUCUUGGAAGAGGCAAAUCGAGGCUCAUUUCCAGCAGAGAUGGUGAAUAAAAUCUUUUCUAAUAUUUCAUCAAUAAAUGCCUUCCAUAGUAAAUUCCUAUUGCCAGAACUGGAGAAACGAAUGCAAGAAUGGGAAACUACCCCUAGAAUUGGUGAUAUCCUUCAGAAAUUGGCGCCAUUCCUUAAGAUGUAUGGAGAAUAUGUGAAGGGAUUUGAUAACGCAAUGGAAUUGGUUAAAAACAUGACAGAGCGCAUUCCCCAGUUCAAAUCAGUAGUUGAAGAAAUUCAGAAACAGAAGAUCUGUGGGAACUUGACUUUGCAGCAUCACAUGCUAGAACCUGUUCAGCGGAUCCCCCGGUAUGAGAUGCUCCUUAAGGAUUAUCUGCGCAAGCUGCCCCCUGAUUCUCCUGACUGGAAUGAUGCUAAAAAAUCACUUGAAAUUAUAUCUACAGCAGCAAGCCAUUCUAAUAGUGCAAUAAGAAAAAUGGAGAACCUAAAGAAACUCUUAGAAAUUUAUGAAAUGUUGGGAGAAGAAGAAGACAUUGUAAAUCCUUCAAAUGAGCUAAUAAAAGAAGGACAGAUCCUUAAACUAGCUGCUCGGAACACAUCAGCACAAGAACGCUACCUUUUCUUAUUCAACAACAUGUUGCUCUACUGCGUGCCAAGAUUCAGCUUGGUGGGCUCUAAAUUCACAGUGCGAACCAGGGUUGGCAUAGAUGGAAUGCAAAUCGUAGAGACCCACAAUGAGGAAUACCCGCACACUUUCCAGGUGUCUGGGAAAGAGAGAACACUGGAAUUGCAAGCCAGUUCUGAACAAGACAAAGAAGAAUGGAUCAAGGCCCUUCAAGAGACUAUCGAUGCUUUCCAUCAGAGGCACGAGACCUUCCGAAAUGCAAUUGCAAAGGAUAAUGACAGUCAGUCCGAGGUUUCUACUGCUGAGCUAGGGAAAAGGGCCCCAAGAUGGAUCCGUGAUAAUGAAGUAACCAUGUGUAUGAAAUGCAAAGAGUCGUUCAAUGCACUGACAAGGAGAAGGCACCAUUGUCGAGCAUGUGGACAUGUGGUUUGUUGGAAGUGUUCUGAUUACAAAGCUCAACUGGAGUAUGAUGGUGGUAAAUUGAGCAAAGUUUGUAAAGACUGUUACCAAAUAAUAAGUGGAUUCACAGACAAUGAAGAAAAGAAAAGAAAGGGAAUUUUAGAGAUUGAAUCAGCAGAAGUAUCUGGAAACAGCGUGGUGUGCAGCUUUCUUCAGUAUAUGGAGAAGUCUAAACCUUGGCAGAAAGCUUGGUGUGUGAUCCCCAAACAAGACCCACUUGUGCUGUACAUGUACGGGGCCCCCCAGGAUGUCAGAGCCCAGGCCACCAUUCCACUCCUGGGCUACAUUGUGGACGAUAUGCCGAGGAGCGCUGACCUGCCGCACAGUUUCAAACUGACCCAGUCCAAGUCGGUGCACAGCUUUGCUGCGGACAGUGAGGAACUGAAACAGAAGUGGUUGAAAAUCAUCUUUCUAGCUGUCACAGGUGAGACACCAGAUGGUCCUAACGAGCAUUCAGCUACCUUGGACGAUCACCCUGAACCUAAAUAAAAAUCAGAAUGCUGACUCCAAUACCAGCCCGCGUACAGGUCUCAAGAUUCACAGCUCAAGACAUUCCCAGCUCUCCUUAUCCAUCUCUUAGCACUUUAUGUUGAAAAAUAGAGGCUCAUAAAAGUAUCUGUUAGGGGACUAUUUUCCUAUGUUUGUGUACUCUUGGUGAAAUUAAUGUGCAGAGCCAUUCUACCCAUAGAAGUUGGAAAUAAUGUGAAAAAUGGAGCCUUUUUUAAAUGAGCAAUGUACUUUUGUCUUCGAGAAAAUGGUAUCAAUUGAUAAUAUCACUAUCAAGUUAGAAUAGGCCACUCUCAUUUAAGAAAUGUUUUAAUGUCUUCUCUUUCACAUGUAGGACUUGUGACAGUUUGAAAGAUAUACCUCCAUGUUGCCAAAAUAGAUCCAUAGUUAAAAAUUACAAGGACAGUUUAGGCUAUUGUAUUAACUUAUUUAAUUUAGUUUAUAAAAUGCAAGCUGCAUAAGUAACAUGUCCUUUUAAAAAUAAAAGAAAGGACAGAUUGUUAAUGUUCAAACUUUUGACUUAUUAAGAAAAGGUAAUACUUGUUUUUGUAGAAAUUCUCCUAAGAAUAAAAUAUCUUAAGUAUAUAGUAAUUAUGUAUAUAUAGUAUUAAAUAUAAAUAUAUAUACUAUACAUGCUUUUCUCUUCAGAUUUAGGUGCAUAUUUGUCUCUAAUUUAUUUUUAAAAUAUAAAGCAUGUUUUAUCUUGGAAUUGGACAGUGUUCUAAACUUAAAUGUUUUUGGUGAUUUAUGUUUAACUGAUUAACAUCUAAGGCUAUUGGUAUUUUUAUAAUAAGAAAAAACAGUAAUUUAUGUGGCAUGGGAUAUAUUAGUGAAUUCCAACCAUAUUUUUAAAGUUUUUUUUUUUUUUUUGUUCUGUGCCUAUUUAAAACAGUGCCUCUCUUUGAAGGUGCUAGUAAUUUCUAUUUAAAUAUAAGGUGAGGGUUUAAUUAAUGCUUCAGUCUUGCAUAUUCUAGAUGAAGUGUAUUUUGGUCACUGGGAUGGUCAAAGGCAUACAGGUGAUUAUGCUUUUAACAUGCUCUAAUUGUUACAAUGGUUAAUAGCAUGUACAAAAAUUUUCUCAAAAACCCAAAUUGUCCAAGAUACCUGAACUUACACAGAACUGGGACAUCCGGAAACUACAUUUGCUAUCCUGUUUUCCUUUUCCACAAGACUGUCAAGCAUGGUUAAAUGAGGACUGUAGAUAACUAAUACUUAAGAUAACUCUGUGGGCCUGUUCCUUUGUCAGAUAUGAAACAAAAUUCACAUGUGAUAAUGUAUGUGUGCAGGAGCUGGAUAGAUAUUAAAGGAAGUUUGUGCUCAACUCUUUAAGCCCCACUAAAGAGCAGGGGAAACACAACACUGGAAAGCCAUGCUUCAGUGGCAGAGUUCAGGGAGGUACAAGGUAACUGAAGAGCACCUGAGCAUUCUUUUCUCAUUUAUCCUCCUGGGGAAUCUUAAUAGACAAAAUGUAAUUCCUUGUGACGAAGGCUGCUCUUCAUUAUAUUGUAGUUACGAUUAAAAUCUCACAUUAAGUUGGCUAUUUAACUUAAUCAUUUUCUCCAAUUAGAUCUGGGUUGGGUGUUGGUUUUUUUUUUUUUUUUUUAAUUUAUCCUAUUAUGCCCCAAACACUAUUACUUUGAAUGCAUCAGUCUAGAAAUCCACAAGAGUGACCUCACUAUCCUCUGCCUUUGGGGAUGACACUUCAGUGUAGAAUAGCUUCACUCAGAAUUUGAGAUUUGCACUCAUUUAUUUAGGUCCUCUUAAGAAAAUCUGAAAGAGCUCCUAUUUUUCCCCACCCCAAAGGAGCAGAUGAACUAGUUAUGGCUGACGUGGUUAGGUUUCCUUCCUCCACAAAAGGAAUACCAGCCAUGAUCAUUUCCAUUAAACCAAAUACUUGAAGCCAAAAAGAGAUCAAGGUAACUUCUUCCUAUUAAAUCAGGGAAAGACUUAGAAAUAUUUUACACUGCUUCUCUUUUCUAGUUGCCAACUGUGUGUGUGUGUGUGUGUGUGUGUGUGUGUGUGUGUGUGUGUGUGUGUACACACAACAUUGUGUUCAUGGGUGGUUACUGAGAAGGUUAAACUGUAGCUAUAGAUGAUACUUUGUUUUUCUUCCUCUCAAGAAGAGAGAAGCACUAAAAAUGGAGAAUGAUUUUCAGGGGGAGAUGACUUUUGUAAAUGUGGCUGGAACAAUGGAAAUGUAAGGGCCAAUUAGAAGAUUAUGGGCCAGAUUAUUUUUGAAAACUGCUUUGAACAGCAAGAAGACUGUGCUUUUCCUGUCCGUCAGUUCCUCUCCUGGAGUGGAAGUAACACGGACCAGUUCGGGCUCAGUAAUAUCUGUGUUAUUUAGUUUAGAUUAUUGAAAGAAUACUCGUGAAGAGUGAAGAGAAUAUUUAUUAUUAUGCCCUUAAUAUUAUCUUAAAUUUGAACAAAAAAUGGGAAUAUUGUCAUAAGAAGGGAGUUUCCGAUGCCCCAGUUACCACCUUCACAUCCUGCCCCGCGUUCUUUAGCCAAGCACAAAGAGAAGCAAUGAAGCAGCCUGACCUGUUUUUUGUUUGUUUUUUUUUUAAAGCAUCGCUAAUGCUUUUACUUGAAGAAAGUCAAAGGCAUAUUCUCAGUCAGCCAGCCAUUUAGUAAGUACUCCACUAGACCAAAAACCUCAAAGCAUGACUGAUUACAAGAAUAAUCUCUGUCUCUUGCUUUCUGAGAUACUGGAGCAGUCAUGACAGGUUGAACCUAAAAAAGUAAUUGGUUGCUUUCCUAUUAAAACUAACAUUCCAUAUGGGUCCUGUUAUUUAUUUUCUCCAAUUUGCUGCUUUUCAAGUCAUCUUUUCUUUAAAGUGCCCUUCCUCCAAAUUAAAAAAAAAAAAAUACUUUGCUAAAAACUUGUUCAUGAUAAAACAUUCCAAUUUUUUUUAAACGUAAAUUUUGCUUUAUUGAAAGUCUACCAUUUGGGAUAUGAAGUAGGAAAUGUAGUGCAGACUGAUGUCCCGGUUUUAAUAAUGAAAACACCACCAGCCACUUUUGUAAUAAUGGCAUCUACAAUGCUAUCACGUAUGCAAGCAAUAAAACUCUUCAGGGUGUGUUUUUAUACUGAAAUUUUAAUGUGAAUGCCCCCAGCCACAGGGCAUAGAGAAUUAACUCCUAGAAGUGACAAUGUGACUCACUGCUCAGUGGAGGGAAGAGAAAGUGUGUGUGAGGAGGAGUGGGCAUAAUUCCUUGGAUUCAAAUAAACACCACAGUCAUUUCACUUUUGCAGAGGGUAUGGAUGGUGAAAAGCAUUAAAGCACAUCUGCACUACUUGAUCAGUAACAUUUCAUUUUACAUGAAGUUUAAUAACAUACAGGUUGGUGUACUUAUCUUCACUGGGUAACUACCCCCGUUUUUUAAAUACUCCAAUUUUUAAAAAUUACCAAACUUUUUAAAGAACUAGCCUUUUAGAUGUUUCAACCCCACUUAUAGAUAUACAUUGGAUUUUUUUUUUUUAAAGAAUACUUGCUGUAGUCCUAAGUAUAUUAAAAAAAAAAAACAAACUACAAACUUCAUAGUACUGCAGGGUUGUUAAGGAUUCAGUGAUGCCUUCUACAAAUCUUAGAUCAAAAAUCCUUCUGUGAGUUCACAAUUCUAAAGACUUACUUUUUCUUUUCUACUUUGUGGAACAGGGUGUUUUAUUCCUUUUAAAUUUUAGAUCUCAUUUCUCGUUCUAUUCAAAGCCUUAAGUUCUUACUCUGAGCAUAUUGUCUGUGAUAACUCUGAUAAUGAUCUUUCUGGGCUGGAUCCAUUCUGAGGAAAAGGCACCAACCAAUAGGAGCAAACAAAGUUCUAGGGAACAAAGGUCUUAUUUUUUGCAGUUAUUCUUGCUAUAAUGCAGAAUAGAAGAUUAUAAUGAAAAUUCCUCUAUCAUGUGAUGUUCGUGUUAGCGGGUCUAAGGUUAAGCACAUGGUAUUUAUAAGCUAAAAUUAAUUCAAAAGGCAAGAAUGUCUUAGUGUUUUCAUUCUUAAAUUUUGUAUUCUUCAAGAAUGUAUCACUAUAAAAACUGUGGCUAACCAGAUCUUAUUCUUAGGACUGUUUUGACAUAUGUAGGUAGACCAUGUCAUUUCUUCAUUCUCAUCCAGUUUUAAUGGUAUCAAACUGCUUUUUAUUUUCAUAUAACUAUCUACUAUAGAUUCUCCAGAUUCGGAAAAUAUGCAUAUGCUAUAUAAAGACCAUUAGAUCUACUUUUAAAAUCCUCUCUGUGAAUUUGAGUAUAUGUAUGUAUGUAAAAAUACUGUUGAUUUCCAAUUCUGUUUUUUCAUAGAAAUGAAAUUUUUAUACAAACUUUUUUUAGUUUAAAUAUUUUAACAUAAAUUAUUCACAUGGAUUUGUGGUAUAAUUCAUUCUUAUUUAUGCCCGUAAUCAUGUCAUGAGACAAUAACUUUGCUUUCUUUACUGGUAGAGUAGAGAGGAGUUUAAUUAAGAACCAAAACAAGCAGGAA